AUGCUUGUCAUUGAAAAUACUGAUGGAUCAGGAUAUUCUUAUAUUAGUUAUGCUGUCUUCAGAGUGAAUUCUUUACAAAUUAAGCUUGGCGUUUUAUAAGAUGGUUCAUUAAAUCCUCUAAUGAAAUUUACAACUGGCUUUAAUUCAGGCAGAAUCAUAGUUAACAGUAGCAGAUGGCAAUUUUAUCAAGUCCUCCACUCUUUCUCAGUCAACUACUACACAGGCGAUAUUGGCUGGUAUGAUUACAAAUCAGACUAAUACUGUGGAGUCUUUGAAUGUAACUGCAGACAUAUCUCCUUAAAACACUCCUGCUAUAUGCAACAAUAGGCCAGAUAAGCCUAUUAUUGUUCCAAGCAUUUACUCUAUAAACUAUGA